AUGCUGCUUCCCUCAAGGAGUAGCGGCAGUGGAGAUCACUUAGGGCGCCUCAGCCGAUCCCUGAUAUAUGUAGGUCAUACGCCCAUUCUGCAAUUCAUUGGUGGCUUCGGUGUACCUGUUCAGGAUUCUAGCAUCGAGUCCGUUAUUUUGGGAUAUGUGUUUAGAACGCAAUAUUUUAUGCCCCACAAUGCCAGCGAUCUGCCAAAUUAUGAACUGCGACCUCAGCCCAUAACGGGACGCGCUGCCUCGAUCUAUCGUUGGGUGCUCUAUCGGGGCAUCGAAACGUUGCUGGAGAAAGUCGGCCUCCCAGGACGAAGCUGUCUGAGCGCGCUAUGUAGCAGUAGCAACGAUCACUUGAAGCGUCUCAGCAGAUCCUUAAUAUAUCCAGAGACUGCGCCCACACGUCUGCAAUUUAUUGGCGGUAUCGGUAUUCCUGUGGAAGAUUUGCAUUUCGAGUCCAUAACAUCGGGCUAUGUAUUAAAGGCGGAAUAUUUUCUGCCCAUUAACGCCAGCGAACUCACCCACCACUAUCUACGACCUCAGGCCAUAACGGGACGCGAGGAAGAUGUAAGCAGCAGUGAUUCUCCAUUUAACUACGCCUCGAUCUAUCGAUGGAUGCUCUAUCGCGGGGUUGAAACGUUGCUGGAGAAGGCUGGCCUCCCAGGACAAAGCUGUCUGCUGCGCGUGAUUUGCGAGCAUGCAGCCUUGCCUCUCAGUCACGAGAGUGGGCUAUUGGCCGAGAUAUUACACAUUAUACUCACGCCCUCAAGCUCUCAAGAUGCGCUAGCGAAGCAUACAGAUCGAGAUUAUUUAAUGGCGGAGCGUUUUGGACGCCGUGGAGGUGACUGUCGGGCUGCUUUUGCAAAAAAGUGUAAAAAAUCUCCCAUGGACUUCAUAACGAUGUUAAUCGAGGUGAAUGGAUAA